CAUAUAUCCCUAACCAACGAUGCUCUAAAACACUGAGACACGGCUUUAUGUUACUCCAACGGUUCUACAUGGCACGCGCUAAAUUUCAACUCAAUGCGAAUCUUACCUUAUCUCAUUACCGAGUUUUGAAGCGGCAGCACAUCAUUCGUCCCGCUUCAUAGCUGGCGAGUUCUUCGCGACAUGGCACCUCCAAUUCGUAUAUGAAGGCUGGGGGCUCCCAAAUUUUGUCUCCAGUGCAGUUGAAAUCAGACAUAUCAUCCUCUCCGUUCCUAACCUGCUUCCUCAUCUUGAAAACCACCGUCCUCAUUUGCUGUUCACUAGAAAGACGGCAAUACUAUCAUCAUGACUAUCAACGGCACUAAUGGUACCACCAACGGUACCAACGGCACCAACGGCACCAAGAGCAAAUAUGACCCCAACUUCACACAGCAUGUCAUUGAUCUCAUGAGCCCCGAAACGAAACCCAGACACAGAGAGAUCCUCUCCUCCUUGAUCAGACACUUGCACGACUUCUGCCGUGAGGUCGAGCUCACUCAAGACGAGUGGAUUAUCGGCGUCAACUACGUCAACUCCAUUGGCCAGGCCUGGAAGAAGAACAGAAACGAGGCAUGGAGAGUGUGCGAUAUCCUUGGUGUCGAAUCUCUCGUCGAUGAGAUCAACCACAAGGUUGAGACCGCGGACGGUGUUAACCCUACCUCCUCUACCAUCCUCGGACCUUUCUGGUCCCCCGAUACCCCAUUCCGCGAGCUUGGUUCCAGCGUCGUCCAGAACAUGCCACCGGAUGGAGAGCUCACUUUCUUCCACGGUGUCAUCUCGGACGCUGAGACCGGCAAGCCCAUCCCCGACGCCGUCUUCGACAUGUGGCAGGCCAGCACCAACGGCAAGUACGACGUUUUCGACCCCGAGAACCAGACUCGUCACAACCUCCGCGGCAAGUUCCGCACCGACAAGGACGGCAAGUUCUCAUUCUACUGCCUGAAGCCCACCGAGUACGCCAUCGACACCUCCGGCCCCUCUGCUGAGCUGCUCAGACUCAUGGGCCGCCACCCCUGGCGCCCUGCCCACAUCCACAUGAUGGUCACUCAUCCAGACUACAUCGGGGUGACCGCUCAGCUGUACCCCAGAGACGACCAGUAUCUCGAAACCGACACUGUGUGUGCCGUCAAGGAGGAUCUGCUCUUGGACUUCAAGCCCGUUCAGAACGAGCCUAAUGGCGCCACUCUCGACUGCGAGUACGACGUCCGUUUGCUCUCGAAGAAGUACAAGCCAGAUUCUUCUAUGUUGAUGCAGAACGCCAACCAGUCGAGGUUUUGAUUUAACUCCAAUAACUGGGUUCACGUGAUGUUUCAGGAACUGUUACGACUAUAUUUCUUUUUUCUAUUCAUGUAUAUAGCAUAGGAUAUCUGUGACAUUAACUUCCACAACGCAAUGAAGGAAAUUCAAUAUUGA